AUGCAAUUCACUACCCUCGUCAACCUGGCUCUUGCCGCCACCACCGCCAUGGCGCUCCCUUCUGUUCCCUCCGCCCCAUCGGAGGUGGCUCGCAACAUCGAGAAGCGCGGCUGCUACACCAGCGGCGCGUCCUGGGGCUCCAGCAAGGAUUUCGCCCUCCAGAUGGCGGGGUCGGCCUGCAAUUCAGCCCUGGGACAGCGCACCUAUGUGUCCGCCUCGCCCGUCAUAGCGGCCUGCUACAACAUCGACACCAACAAGAAGGUCAACUUCCAGGUUUCCAAGAUCAGCAGCGGGGACAAAUUCCUCAGCUUUGCUGAUUGUUACGAUGGGCUCCAGAAGGAGAUCAAUGGGUGCGGACAGGGUGGUGACAGCAGCUACACUAACUGGAGAUAUAUCUCCGACCCCAACGAUGGUCUUUGCUAG